AUGGCAGUGCCGAGGAAUUCCUUACGGGGCUUUCUUACACACGCGAGAGGCGCUCUCCGGAGCGCUAUUGAAACCAGUCAGAAGAUUACAUUCGUCAUUGGCAAUGAGUCUGCGGACCUUGAUUCGAUGUCAUGUUCUAUUCUAUACGCGUACAUUCGGUCUAUGUCACCGCCCAAGAAUGCCUUUAGUCCAAUUUACGUGCCAAUCACGAAUAUUCCAGCUGCUGAUAUUCAGCUAAGGCCGGAAUACCUUGCCGUAUUUAAACACGCCAAUAUUGAGUCGAAGCACUUGAUCACGCUUGAUGACUUACCCGCGCUAUCCGACAUAGAGUCGAAACUUGCACCUGAGAAUACCAAAUGGAUUUUGGUAGACCACAAUGCUCUGCAGGGUCAAUUAGGCAAGAUGUACGCUGAGCGCGUCGCUGGCGUCAUUGACCACCAUGAUGAUGAAAAGAAAGUUCCAGAGGACACAGGUGAGGAGCCGAGGAUUAUCGAGAAGAGUGGCAGCUGCACUAGCUUGAUCGCAAACUACUGUCGGCCAUCGUGGGAUAUGGCUUCGCUAUCUGCCCUGUCUUCUGGAGCAGCUCAUGCGCAGGGUGAUAGCAUGUCCAAUGACGCUGCCUUUGUUCAGCGCUGGGAUGCGGAUAUUGCCCAAUUAAGCUUGGCCAGUAUUCUUAUUGACACGGCUGAUCUCCAUGACGAGAACAAAACGACCGAGCAUGACCGUAAGGCUGUCGAGUACCUGGAAGCUAAGAUUAUGCUUUGUCCCCAGCUAGCUGCAAGCUUCGACCGAACCAGCUUCUACAAGGAGAUCAAUGCAGCAAAGAAGGACAUUGGAAGCCUAAAGCUGCAAGACAUACUUCGGAAAGAUUACAAGCAGUGGGACCAGGGUGGUCUGAAGCUCGGCGUCAGCUCCGUUGUCAAGUCUAUCGAGUUCCUCCAAAACAAGGCUGGUGACGAAGCAAGCGCUCAGACAGCUGAAGCAUUCCUCGCAGCGUUGAAGGAAUUUGCAAAGGACCGGGAUUUGGACAUGUAUUCCCUGAUGACCACAUCCACAGGUUCAGAUGGCGGUUUCCAGAGAGAGCUGUUAUUAUGGGCCUUCAACGACGGCGCCGUGUCAGCUGCCAAAAACUUUGCCACGAAUUCAAAAGACGAAUUGGGAUUGGAGGAGUGGCAGAAUUCCGACGACAUUGACGGCAAGAGGGAGUGGAGAAAGACUUGGUGGCAACGACAAGUGCAGCACAGUCGGAAACGUGUCGCACCUCUACUCAGGGAAGCCAUGACUUGA